AUGAAGUCUCAGCGGAACGGAAGCCUCUCGGCCCCUAAUGUUGAGGAGCAUGAACAUAGCACUGCCAUCUCCAGCAACGGGGUCUCGGCGAGAGAUGAGAAGCGGCCACAACCUGGGCCAAGCCGCGCAUCCGCACGAUAUGGCUCCCACGAUGUCCGCAAGAGUGCAUCGGCAAGCCUGAAAGAUGCGUCCAAGAGGCCUGUGCCCACACAGUAUGGUGAUGGGACAUAUCCAAAAGAGAUUAUUCGACCGACAAUGGUUCAGAAUCUUCGAGCCCUGCAGGCGGCCGAUGUCAAGACACUUGUGCAAAUCAUCAAAUCAAAGCUCAAGAGGGAAAGGAUUCAGGACGACAAGACCAUGAUUAUGGAGCGCACCAUCCAAAUUGUGGCAAAACUCCCGCACAACUCGCGUCUCCGCGAACAGUUGACCAACACCUUUAUUGAAGAGCUUUGGGACUCUCUUGACCACCCGCCCAUGCUCUACAUGGGCGACGAGUUCAAGUACCGGCGUGCCGACGGAUCCUACAAUAACCCGAUGUUCCCCCAGAUGGGAGCUGCUGGCGGUCCAUAUGCCAGAUCGGUCAAGCCUAGGAUCAUCACGUUGGGUGCCAUGCCCGAUCCUGGACUGGUAUUUGAUGCUGUCAUGGGCCGCACAGAUUACAAGAAGCAUCCAAACAAUGUUUCAAGCAUCUUGUGGUAUUGGGCCACCAUCAUCAUUCAUGACCUGUUUUGGACCGACUACAGAGACAGUAGCAAGUCAAAGACGUCGGCUUAUCUUGAUCUUUCCCCGUUGUACGGCAGCAACCAGGAGAUGCAAGACUCCAUCAGGACAUUCCGGGAUGGUAAGCUCAAGGCUGACAGCUUUGCCGACAAGCGGCUCAUCGGCAUGCCACCGGGAGUUUGUGUUAUCCUCAUCAUGUUCAACCGGUUCCACAACCACGUCGCGGAGCACCUGGCUUCCAUCAACGAGGGCAACCGGUUCGCACCACCAGGCAAAGGUCUCGACGAAGAGAGUGCCGCCAAAGCCUGGAAGAAGUAUGACGAAGACCUGUUCCAGACGGCGCGGCUCGUGACUUCGGGCCUGUAUAUCAACAUCACACUGGUGGACUACGUCCGGAACAUUGUCAACCUCAACCGCACCAACACGACAUGGACGCUCGACCCCCGCCAGGAGGCCGGUAUCAACGCCGGAACUCCCGACGGAGCGGAAGCGGGUACGGGCAAUGUCAACUCGGCAGAGUUCAAUCUCUGCUACCGGUGGCAUUCCUGCAUCUCGGACAAGGACGACAAAUGGAUCCAGAAGUUCUACGGAAAGAUGCUGGGCGGCGCCAAAGGCGAGCUAUCGCCGCAGGAGCUGGCCUGCGUCUUUGGAAAGUUUGAGAAGUCGAUUCCCGACGACCCCGGGCAGCGUACGUUUGCCGACUACGAGCGGGGAGAUGACGGCAAGUUCGACGAUGACGACCUCGUCGACUGCAUCAGCUCGUCAAUCGAAGACUGCGCCGGCGCUUUUGGGGCGCGCAACGUCCCUCAGGUCAUGCGGCCCGUGGAGAUCAUGGGCAUUCUGCACGGCAGGAAAUGGAACGUCGCCGGUCUUAAUGAAUUUCGAACCCAUUUCGGCUUGAAGCCCUACGAGCGGUUCGAAGACAUCAACUCGGACCCGGGCGUGGCGGACCAGCUGAAGAAUCUCUACCAACACCCGGAUUACGUCGAGCUCUACCCCGGGCUCGUCGCCGAAGAGGCGAAGACGCCGCUGACACCCGGCGUCGGCAUCGCGCCGACGUACACCAUCUCACGGGUCGUCCUGUCCGACGCAGUAUGCCUCGUCCGGGGUGACAGAUACUACACGACGGACUACAACCCUCGGCACCUAACCCAAUGGGGGUAUAAGGAGGUUGACUAUGACCUCGACAUCAACCACGGCUGUGUCUUUUACAAACUGUUCCUGAGGGCCUUCCCCAACCACUUCAAGGGGAACUCGGUGUACGCACACUAUCCGAUGGUCAUCCCGAGCGAGAACCACCAGAUCCUCACCGACCUGGGGCGUGUCGACCAGUUUGACUUCUCGCAGCCCAAGUUCACCCCUCUGCGGACCAACAUCGAAUCGUUCGGGGGCGCCAAGUACAUCCUGGAGAACCAGGACCGGUACAAGGUGACAUGGGACGAAGGGCUCACGUUCCUCAUGGGCGAAGGUGGCAGCCGCUUCAUGCUGUCCGGGGAUACCGACUUCCACGCGGGCCAGAGGAAGUGCAUGCAAUCGUUGCUUUACAAGGAAGGCUGGGACUCCCACGUCAAGCACUUCUACGCAGAGAUCACGGCGCAGCUGCUCGCCGAGAAGUCGUACAAGCUCGCUGGGCAAACGCAUGUCGACAUUAUCCGUGACGUGGGCAACCUCGCCCACGUCCACUUCGCUUCGAGGGUGUUCAACCUGCCUCUCAAGACACACCAGAACCCCAAGGGCUUGAUCACGGAGCAGGAGAUGUACCAGAUGCUGGCGGCCAUCUUUGUGUGCAUCUUUUUCGACAUUGAUCCGGCCAAGUCGUUCCCGCUCCGCCAGAAAGCGAAGGAGGCGGCGACGCUCCUCGGGAAGCUGAUUGAGACCAACGUGAAAAUCACGACAAAGGUUGGAUUCCGUGGGCUCUUCACUGGCUCAGCGGACAAGACGGACCCCCUCGCCUCGUACGGGACCAACCUGAUCAAGGGUUUUGCCAAGGCCGGGUUGAGCGUCUACGACAUUGCGUGGAGCCAGAUCUUGCCCACGGCCGGGGCCAUGGUGCCGAACCAAGCACAGGUGUUUGCCCAGGCGGUCGACUACUAUCUCUCGCCUCCAGGUGCCGCCCACCUCGAGCAGAUUCACAAGGCCGCCUUGUCUCCGUCCACGAAGGAGAGCGAUGCUCUGCUUCUCGGAUACGCCAUGGAAGGUAUCCGGCUUGCGGGCACCUUUGGUUCCUACCGCGAGGCGACGCAGGACGACGUCAUUGUUGAGGAUGACGGUCGUGAGGUCCCCGUGAGACGAGGCGACAGGGUCUUUGUCAGUUUCGUCUCUGCCGCCAAGGAUCCCGAGAACUUCCCGCGGCCGGAGGAAGUCAACCCCCUCAGGCCCUUGGAUUCGUACAUCCACUACGGUCUUGGUCCGCACGCCUGCCUCGGCCGCGCUGCGAGCCAGGUGGCGCUCACCGAGAUGUUCAGGGCGCUCUUCCGGAAGAAAAACCUUCGACGGGUUCCUGGACCACAGGGUAUCUUGAAGAAGGUGCCGCGGCCGGGUGGUUUCUUUGUAUACAUGAAGGAGGACUGGGGCCAGAUCUGGCCGUUCCCCGUGAGCAUGAAGGUGAUGUGGGAUGAAGAAUAG